AUGGUAUAUUCUAACUUGAUCGCUUCGGAGAGGCUGUCCCACAGCAGAAACGCGGACUUGCCGAGACGAUCAAACACUGAUGAUGUAACUGAGACAGAGGUGUGCAAUUUUGAGGAUCUGUUUGACAGCUCAAAUAAGCCUGGAAUAUUUAACCCUCUGGACAUAAUCACUGCUCUAUUCUUGUGUUCUGAUGGGUUUGUUCAGCAAGAGUUAGCACUAAAAAUGUCCAUGUGUCAGUUUUCUGUUCCCCUUCUGCUUCCAAACUGUGAUACAAAGCAGUGCACCCUCAUGCUGUGGGCCAUAAGAGACAUUGUUAAGAAGUACAGACCUUCAGAUCUUUCAGAAUCAAAGGGAUUCAUUGAAGAAAGAAUAGUUACUUCUGAACUUCCAAUGGUCUCUUUCGUGAGACUGGGUGAAUGCUCCAUGUCCAAAUCAGAGAUUCUCAAUAAACUUCUGAGUAACUCUCAGCAGUACCAUGACACCUUCGUUCACUGCGACAUGGAGUGUGGAGACACUCCAAGAAGAAUAUCCAAUGGUCUGGCUGAAAUUACCUGGUACCUUCCCUGUGGAAACAAAAACAUGGACAUUUUUAGUGAGCCAGUAGCUAUAGCUAACCUUCGUGGUGACAUAGCUUCAUUUGAAACACAAUUCUCUUUUUUGUGGCAGACAUCUGCUGCUGUUUUUGUUUUAUUCGAUCAGCCGGACUCUAAGUGGGAACUGCUGACUGACCCCAAAUGCAAAGCAAAGAUCUACUUGGUGGGAAAACAAAAUAGCAAAGGCCUAACUCCAGAUGGUCUAAAAAAAAUAGCAAAUAUGUUGAGCUUGAAUAAGAGCAGGAUCCUUAUAAAAAGAAAGCAGACAAAUGAUGCUGACUUUGUCACAGAGCUGAAGAACGCUGUGAGCAAUGUGCUUAGCAACACAAAACAUAAGAUAUCAGUAGAGCAGAUGGCUGGAAUUGCAGAUAAACUGGGAAUAGAAGUUGAUGAGGAUUCUCCAGAAUGCCAGGAUGGGAAAGAAAAAGCAGAUGCUAUCACUGCAGAGAUUAAAGACACAUUUAAAUACAAAGAGGAACAGUUUCCUUUGCAAGGCAAAAUAUGGAAGGAACUGACUUUCUUGGAAAAGGAACAAUUUCGUCUCAGAGAAGUUGGAUCUGAAAACAUAGAAGACUAUAUAACUAAACUUAAAAAGAAAAAAGAAGAGAAGCGUCAGAAACAGAACUCCUAUGCUAUGUCAGGUGUAAUGGCACGCUUCAUUACUGCAAUAUCCAGCCCAGAGAAAGAGAGGGGUUAUUUUCUGAAAUGGAUGAGAAUGAACCUUGACAAUUUGUCUCGAGUAAAACUUUCUGGCCUUAGGGAGAAGUACAAAGAGAAGUACAGGGACUCUGACAACAAAAAUGAAAUCAAAGAAAUUGACCAACAGCUUUCCAAUAGCUCACUGGGAGUUGAACACUUUUUCCGUGAAAUGGGUCAGAUCUAUGAAGCUUCUCUCUACCUUCCAGAAACAGAUCCAUCACGCCAACAACUGCUAAAUCUGCCCAAACUCUGUGCUCAGUUGUUGCUGGAUGGAUUUCCUCUUGAGCUUGUAGAUGGAGAUGCUUCCAACAUUCCUCUCAGAUGGGUGAGGGAGGUUCUCUAUCAGCUCAAUGACUUUGUGUCUCCAAAGAACAAGAUAGUGGUCGUCACAGUUCUUGGAGUUCAGAGCACAGGAAAAUCCACCCUCCUUAACACCAUGUUUGGAGUGCAGUUUGCUGUCAGCAGUGGUCGAUGCACUAGAGGUGCCUUCAUGCUGCUCAUCAAACUGCUCCUAGAUCAGCUGAAUGAGAUGACCCAGGCAGCAGCUAAAAUGGAAAAGAGAGAGAAGAACAAGAAAUUCACUGAUGUCAUGGAGUACAAUCCAGACACUGGGAACUGCUACAUUCCUGGACUCUGGAAUGGAAACCCACCAAUGGCGCCAGUUAAUGCUGGAUACAGUGAGGCUGUCUAUGACCUCAAGAAAAACAUCAUCCAACUGCUGGGAAAGUGUGGGUCAACUUCUAAUAACAUCUUGGAGUUCAGAGAGUGGAUAACCAGCCUGUGGAAAGCAGUAAAACACGAAAACUUCAUCUUCAGCUUCAGAAACAGUCUGGUAGCUGAUGCAUACAUGAGGCUCUGCACAGAGUACAACAAAUGGGAGUGGGCGUUCAAAAAAGAAAUGUACACCUGGGUUACCAAUGCAGAAACUAAAAUUUCAAAUUUUGGUACAGUUGCUGCAACAUCUGACAUAUUUGACAUGGAGAACUUUAUCACUGAGUUAGAAAGUGAAGCAGUCACAGAGCUGAUGAAGUUGGAAUCAAUUAUUCUUGAGAACCUGAAGAAAUACUUUGAGCAGCCAGAAGGUCAUGUUCACCUGGUUGAAAGAUACAGAGAGGACUUCUCUAACAGCAUAAAGAGUCUUAGAGCACAAACUGAAAGUUCAGUGUCCAACCAGCUCAGAGUAGCAGCGGACCUCAAAAAGGGAAAGCAAAGACUGGACAAAAUUAAGACCAGCUAUACAGAGGAAAUUGGAAAAGCAGUUUGUGAAUUAAUUGAUGAGUGUCGUAAGAAAAAAGUUGAAAUGACAGACAGUGAGCUUGAUGUAAGUUUUGAUGAGAUGUGGAUAAAAACAUUAAAGACCUUGUCUUUUGCUGCACAGCAGACUUCAGAUAUCUAUGCCAAUAUUUACCGUCAGCUGCUAACAAAUAUAUCACCCAAAGGAAGCCAUGCUUGUGAACUGCUAAAUAAAAAAAGUCUUAAAGACUGUGGAUUGAAGCCUUUUGAAUACACACCCAAAGGAGUGCGGGAAAACAUGAAAGUUGCUUUGAAAGGAUUGUGGUCCUGGAAAGAUAUAGUAAAGGAGAGACAAAAAAAUGCAGACAGCAUCAUAGCUGAUUGCAGUGAGUUUGUGUCAAGAAAAAUUGAAAACAAAACAAAUUAUCAUGAUACUUACAUCCAGGAGAUCCUUCACAUCAUUGAUGAGAAGCUGAAUAACGAUGAUGUUAACAGCGACAUUAAGUUUGAGGUUUCUCUAAAGCAGCACAUCUGUGGAUCUGCUGCCAGAAAGUUUCAAAAGAUGCAUGAAGAUUUUAUACGAGAAAAUGAUCCUCAAACAUGUCUGCAGGAAAACAAGGAAAAGUUCUGCACAGAUUUCAAAGAUGUGUUCUAUCAGUGCCAGAAGAAAGCUGAGGAAUUCACCAACCAAUGUCUGAAACCUGCUGUGGAGAACUUUGUCUAUCGUUCUCUUGGUUCUGAUAUUGUUGAUAAAAUCUUGACAAAAAUAGAGUUCAGUACACGAAUGUCCUUUCAGUAUAUGGUUUUAUUGGAUUUGAUUGAAAAAAACAACUUUGAAAGCUUUCAGAGAUACAUUUUGUCAUAUGAAGAGUAUGUAAAAAAAUGGAUCAUUGAGAGAAUCGAGGAGAAAUUCUCCUCUGAGUUCUCAAUAUCUGAGUUAGAGGACAUACGUCUUAGGUCCUGUACUGAAGACAUAAAUAUUGCCAUUAAAAACGCAAAAGCAGAAAAGACUGAUAGUCUGAAGACAUUUGUUGAAAAUAUCUGCAAAGAACUUGGUGAUAAACUGGUAAUUUCCCAGGAUGCUCUCAAUGCCUUUAUGGUUCUGAACAAGGCUGACCAGGAACAGUUUACUCACUGGCUCAGAGAGUGUGUGAAGGAAAUGAAAGAAGCUCUUAGGGAGAAGUUUAAAAACACAGACUUUGAUGCAACACUCAGACACCUCCAUUUGAAACCACAGGAUGAGCUUUUCAGAAGAGUGGUUGGUUGUGGCAAACAGUGUCCAUUUUGUAAAAUACCCUGUGAUGCAGGAGGAAAAGCUCACAGUGAACACUUUGCUUCCCUGCAUCGACCAAAUGGUUUGGGUCAGUACAGGUCAAUGUUCUCAAGAAAACUCUGUACUGAUAUCUGCUCUUCUCUUGUUAUAAGCGACAAGACGUUUAGCUGCACUGAAAUUGCAUUACAGCCUUACAAAGAAUAUAGGAAGAUUUUUCCAGACUGGAAUAUUCCACCAGAUUCAAGUCUCAAAGCAUCAGAAUAUUGGAAAUAUGUAAUGAAUAAGUACAACAUGAAAUUUGCAGAAGCAUAUGUAGCAAAGCCUGCUGACAUUCCUGAUGAUUGGGGGGAAAUUACAGUAGACCAGGCCAAGGACAGUCUCAAAAAGUAUAACGGCAAGUAG